UUUUUUUGAUUUUUUUGAUUUUUUUUUUUUUUUUUUUUUUUUUUUUUUCCAAUUGCUUCCGGAGCGCAAUUGAAAUUUUGUCGGCUUCCUGUAUGAAUUUUAUUCCUCAAAUUAAAAGUCUUGUCUCUUUAGAAUAACCCAUUAAGCCUUCUUUUACCCAGGACAUUCAGGUUACCUUGUAUCUGUUCCGUCUGGGAUUUCUAGUAUAUUUCUCACCUAUCACACUUCUUAAUUCAUAAUGGCGCCGAUGGUCACUGGUAAGGAGCGCGAGUCCAAUCUCGCUCGCCUUCUUGGUUCCGGCUCCGCCGGUAUUGCCGAAUUGGCUGUCUUCCACCCUGUCGACACUAUUGCCAAGCGGUUAAUGAGCAACCAGACGAAGAUCAGGAAUACCAGCGAACUAAACAAGGUUAUCUUCAAGGAGACGGCAGACGCGGCAUUCGGUCGAAAGUUCUUCUCUCUCUUUCCGGGGUUAGGUUAUGCGGCCGGUUAUAAGGUCUUGCAAAGGAUAUACAAAUAUGGUGGUCAACCCAUUGCGAAGGAUUACCUUGCGUUGCACUAUGGCAAGGACUUUGAGAGCGCGUUCGGAAAGAAGACCGGCAAGGCGAUCAUGCACUCGACUGCUGGAAGUCUGAUUGGUAUUGGCGAGAUCGUCUUGCUCCCGCUAGACGUUUUAAAGAUUAAGCGCCAGACUAACCCAGAAGCAUUCCGAGGCCGAGGCAUCUUCAAGAUCAUCUCCGAUGAGGGCUUUGGAUUAUACAGAGGUUGGGGGUGGACUGCUGCCCGAAAUGCCCCUGGUUCCUUUGCACUCUUCGGUGGCUCGGCCUUUACCAAGGAAUACGUCUUCAAACUAAAUGACUACAACAAGGCGUCGUGGUUCCAGAACUUCAUCGCUUCGAUUGCUGGUGCUUCGGCAUCCCUGGUUGUCUCGGCUCCCCUGGACGUUAUCAAGACCCGUAUUCAGAACAGGAAUUUCGAGAACCCCGAAAGUGGUUUCCGAAUCUUGUCUAACAUGGCGAAGAACGAGGGUUUCUCUAGUUUCUUCAAGGGAUUAGUACCCAAGCUGCUCAUGACUGGACCGAAGCUGGUCUUCUCCUUCUGGCUCGCCCAGACUUUAAUCCCAGCAUUCGACAAUAUGUUGAAAUAGAAAAUUUAACUUGUAUCAUAUAUCUGAACGCCAGCGUUCCACUGUAUGUAUAUACGAUUGAGCCGGCGUUUCAAUGGUCGGGGAUGGGACAGCGCUAGAGAGGGCGGGUUCUAUCGGUUUGGACUUACUAGAUGAUUAUGAAAGAUUUCCGCGAGGUAGGUCAGAAUUGCUACCUAGAUACGAAACAAAAAUAAAUACUCAACUCUUAGACUGCCCA